AGUUUCUACUGAUCGUCAUUUAUUUUGGGUGGUGAAAUUUUAUCUACAGAAAUGUAUCAGCAGGUUUCUUGUCGCAUUCGUAAAUUUCAUAACACAGUUUUCGUAUUUUCUAAACGCUUUACCCUGGGACGACCCUUCCAUGCAUGUUAAAUUAAUCGUGUUCAAUUUAUACGCGUCGCAUCUAUGUGUACUACAAACUUAACGAUUCGCUGUCUUUAAGUACAAAGGACGCUCCAAAAGUAAGUUUCGCUAUUUUGCCUCCCCGCCAUCUGAAGUAAUAUACAUCUGAUAUGUUUUUUGGUAGAUAAGCAAUUAUGUAAACAAACCAGGAAAAUAAGAAUCAAAUGGUUUGAUGAAAAACGCGAGAAAGGGGAAAUAAAAUGGCUCGUACCGCUUUUUCAGUUUGUCCACGGUCUUUUUAAAACCCGAUUCAUUUUUGCAUCCCUUCCGCCCCAGUCAAGUUUUCGACGGUGAAUUAAAAGUGUUAAUAGCAAAUAGUAUGCUUAAUAUUUCCCUAGUCGCAAAUCAUCUUGGAGAGUUCAGGAGUUUGAGUAAAAAUUUUUAUACUCGAGACACCAAAUUUUGCCUUAUUCAGCCUUCUCGCUCCUAUGAAUUCAAGAUUCUUUUCAUCAAUAAAUAGAACAUUUUAUGCGCAGUUAUGCGCAUCUAAGAUACCAAUGGACUUUUAAGUUACAGCGAGGGCAAUAAAUUUUUUCAUGAAAUUUGGAUUUUUUCAUCGUCUGGAAGUAGGGCAGCUUUGUGGGUUUUGCUCCUAGUCAUCGAUAGUUUCUAUUUUCCCAGAAAAACAGUAUGAGUAAUUUCCUUUGUUUAUUGAUUGAGAUUAGAAGAGAGAAGAAUACUUAACUUGUGGACGCUUAGUGCGUUAUAAAAAGUUUAGAGGAUGUUUGAGAAAAAUUGCAAAAACGGUCCUGGUAAAAUCCGUGGCACAAGUGCGAAAAGUGGUCGAACGUUUUUUUGGCAAUUCUUUUCCAUUUGAUUGUACUUAAACUGAGUUAUAUUUUUCUUAAGUUCCUUAGUAAAUGGCAUUUAUAUCUGUAUUGAUAGUAAGAGCUAAAGGCCUUUGUGCUGGGAGAUACAAAAUAGGGAAACUUACUUUUGGAGCGUCCUUUGUAUUACCCACGACCUUUGUUUUCCACGUGUUACGCCGGACAGACUAAAGCAUAAGCAAAGUCGUACGUACCUUCCAUGGCCGAACAAGAAACCAGAGAAAUGGUCACAAUCGACACAUCCGAUGAAAAAUUGUUGCCGGAAGUGCUCCAAAUUGCAUGUGAAAGAAUUUCGAUACCAAUUCCGAAUAAUCGGAAUUCAAAUUCAGCUGAGGGCGAUGACGACUAUCCGGAACAUGAAAAACUGGUUUAUCGUAAAGUUCAGCCCAUUUACCAGCACGUUUGGCUCAAUUUCGUUCUUUCCACUUUCAAAUUCCUCUUGGAAAGCGUACCUUCCGGAUGGGCAACACACAAAAAUUUGAUAACAGACCAUGCAACGCUGACUGCUUACGCCACUAUAACAAAAAACGAUACUCAUACCGACACUACAGAGUCGGAUACGGACCCCGUCGGCUCCAACUGGAAGCUGUGGUUUUUGUGGAUAAAUAUGUGGAUUGGACUCAUUACGCUUUGGCUGUUUUCUGUAUUGCAGUUGCAUAUACAAAAGGAGAUUCCAAAAAUAAUUUUCCCUAUUCUGUCUCCCUGCGAUUUUAGGUUAUACACAAAUGAUUCAUAAGUGGCGUCCGGGCAAAGGAAAAUCACAAUUUCGCGAGGUCAUCUUGUCACUAAUUGCAGUCAAACGAUCGCUUGAGGGUAUAGCGGUUAUGAUGAACUGCUUCGGGCUGGUAAUGGCCCUGGUAUGGAGCGUCGCAACCUGGAAGGAGUUUUUGAACGGAUGUCCGGCAGGGGCCAUGCCGGCCGUCGAGCCAAUUAUUGGUCUGGUUAUCACGCCAUGGACCAUCUUGGCCGUUACGAUCGUCUGCAAUGGACUCUCAUGUCGCUCAAAAAUUUCUGAUUUAACAAAAAAAUUUAUAAGGCCAGCAGUGCCAGCACAACUAUUGAUAUAAUUAAGUUGUAAUCCCACUUUGAGGAGUGAAUUCGAACGAUUUCCGGUCAUAAGGCGAUAUCCAUAAAUUUCUUGCGCGGAAGUUUUUCCUUGAUGGUCGGCACCUAUCUACCUUCGAGGCACUAGUUAUAAGUACAAUGUAGGACUAAAUGGUCGCAUAGCCCCAUACCCAGCAUUCUGUACGCAAGCGAUGCAGUGCACUUGUACGAAACGGAUAUUUUGAACUCAGUCGUACAGUGCACUGCGCUGCAUUCGUACUGAAUGUGGAGAUGUUGGGUAUGCGACCAUUUUGUCCUAAGCUGUACCUUACAAUUUUAUCUACUGUAUGUACAAGGGCAUUGCCUUGAUUGAUAUGCCUUCCGAUAACCGAUAAUUAUAAGGUGUACGUACGUUACGAAUAUUUCUUCUUUCUUCGAGCCAUCCAGCGACCACUUUAUUUAAUAAAUUUAAUACUACAUAUAAUUUUGUUCUGUUUUUGUUUAAUUCAGCGUGGAAA